AUGGCAGUUUGGAUUGCAGUUCGGGAGAGAGACUACCAUGAUCUGGGCAAGGGCACGAAGGUGGGCGUCGAGAGGCAGGUGGUGCUGAGGCCUGUGGUUGCGGAUGGCAACAGCUGGACCGUGUUGGGCGGAAACAGGUGCAGGGUCUACACACUGGUUUACUACGUUCGUGCCAGUGGUACAACGGAAACUAACCCCGCGCGUUAUAAUUAUGGCUGUCUUCUAAAUACCCUCGCCAUCCUCGGCUAUAUCGCGUGUGCAUCCGUACUUGUAUUGCUUCUCCAAUUUACGCUCCAAAAACUCUAUUCGAAAUCCAAUGCUGAAAAAAUCAGUGAAAGUGCAGAGGCCGAUUUUGACGACGUGAUAGAAGCAUCAGACAUGGCUGCGAGCCCGCAGCCAGUCGACACAUCUAUCCAAAUCUUCAAUGCCGUACGGCUCGCGGGGUGUCUCGUGCUGCUCGGAAUGGCCAUCUGCACUGCAUACGCCACAGGAUGGGGCGACAUGACAGAGAAACUGCAGCCCAACGUUGUUUGGUUGCAUCUCGCGCUCUGUGUAACAUUUACAUACUCCUCGCUCCUUACGCUGCAUUCGAUUCUCGCCGCGCCUUCGACGAUAGGCACGACGACACGCCAUCUCGCGAUCGUUCUCGCAUCUGCAUGGCUUGGCUAUAUCUACCGUGACGCCUGGCCGCUCGCGACAGUCCUACUCACCCCUGUAGAUGCGGCCGAGGGCACACUACUCUGGGCGAAGCUCGCCAUGCUCACACUUGUUGCUGUAAUUGUUCCUUUGCUCAUUCCCCGGCGAUAUGUCCCGCUCGAUCCCAGGGUGUGA